UCGAUGCCGCGGACAAGGUGCCCGAUCCCAACAAGGCCCCCGGAACUUUGCAGUCCAUCAGUCCUCCAGAAAUGCGAGACGCGCUUCGCAUGGCCAUUGCUGCGGACAUUGAUGCGAAAGUUCCCAAGUCUAGACUGAAGGCUUGGUUGCGCGUACUGAUGUCCACUCACGUGCAGUUCGAGGUCAUGGAGGGCAAUAGGAUGGCCAAGGUCUUCCAGUCCCUCGUCCAAGGCCGUGAAGAUGUCUGUGUGAAGUGCGAGAAUUCUCGCGUGACCUCCCUACUCAGGGUCUACGAGGUAAUGGACUUCAAACGCCAGCUGUCCAAGGUCAGCGGCAGCGACGGCAAGGCAACGGUCAGUGUCACGACCCUGGUGGACAACUACCAGAGGAUAAAAUUCGCCAAGAUGAGCGAGCCAGUUUCCAGCACAUUCAUUGGCUAUGCGGUCACGGUUUACAAUGCCGUCCUUGUGCAUCCCGAAAUCGCAAAGCUGCUUCAGGCGUUCGACAACCUGAGCCACAAUCCCUUGGAUUCCCUCUACAAGCUUAGGUUGGUGAUGCUGGGCUGCGACAAGCAUCGCGAGAGGAUGCAUUGGGUGUUCUCCUUCCUCUAUGACCACCACGAAAACGUGGUGCUGCUGAAAGCACUUGAAAAGCAUGGGCCUGAGGCCAAGCACGUGAAGGAGAGCAUCCCCCUGAGGUCCUUGCAGGAUGGCUCGCCGGAGCAUGUUUCCUACGUGCGCUUGUUCCUCAUGAAGCGCACGUUGCGCGAGCAUCUUUGGCGUCUCAUGGAUGUGAACUACAACUGGGAGACCUCCGUGAAGUCCGAGAUUCGCAGGGUCACGGAGUCCGUGGAAGUUGUUCGUGAGUUGCUCGGCUUCUUGGACGCGGCAGUGCAACCCCAGGUGGCGUACCAGACACGAGCCUCCUGGCCAGAAUCGGCUAAUAGGUUCCUCAUGGUCUUCGAGACUCUGGUGUUUGGCUAUCAGUACGAUGAUAGCUUCUGCAGCAUCAUCCGGAACCGCAAGGCCGCAGAGGAAGUUCUCACAUUGCCGGAGACCAGGAAACGCAUGGAUAGCGUCAAGGCUGCCUAUGACAAGGAAUGCGGCAUCCAGGCUGACGAGGCGGUGGAGCUGCCCGAGGAGGUGGUUCUCGCGACCGCACUGGCUGACAUGGAGUCCAUGAAUCUUAGCGCGGCAGAGACCUUCCUGGCUACUAACAAGGACCACCCGCAAGCAGCUGCGAUCAGCAGCGGUGUCGCCGCAGCGGGGAGGAGGGUCCAUGGACAAGUGACGCUACUUGUGGACAAGGAGGACGGGCUGGGGGCGGAGCUUGCUGCGACUAAGGCUUGUCAAAUCGCAGGAAGUCGAGAGGGCAGGUCCUAUGUCAUCAUUGUGCUGGACGUGAAGAGUUUGUGCGAGGCAGGCACGCAAGCUCGAUAUCGCCUUCCCCCUACUCGGCCAGCUCAGGUCCAGCGUCUUCUCAAAGCAGUUCUGGAAGCACGCGGGGGCUCUUUGGGCGAGGGUGACAUAGUUGUCUGCCUGGAUGCCGGCAAGGACAAUGUGGAGCCAAUUGUUUUGAAGGCACUGGGCAUGCAGAAGAGUGCGGAGAUUGCGCGGCACUUGGUGGUGUACACCCAAGACUCGUGCGAGGGGCGGCUGCAGAGAUCCUCGCAGGCCAUUCUAGAUGUCACCGAGAGGGCGCUGAUGAUUUCCACGGAGCCUCUUUUUUGCAAGGUGCAGCCGAGGAAGCUCUUGCCCGGGACUACGCGGGCCAACGUGCUCGGACCAGUCGCAAAGACACCGUGGAGUGACCCUGCGCUCACGUGGACCUUGUGCCACAAGCAGAAAAAAUCCUUGUUCUCGGCAUCCAACAUGCCAUUGCCCGGUGGCACCUGCGCCGAACACGACAAGGAUCCUCCGAUCAAAAACGAAGACAUGGUGCCGGUCUUUUUCCACGAAAGCACGCCCAUUGUAGCACAAGAGCUGGCGCACGCCUUGCAGGCGUCCGCCAUAGUCGACCUCUCAGCUGGCAGUGGUGCCUGGUGCAUGGUGGCGAUUCGCAAUCGCUGCCCCUAUGUCGGCAUUUGCCACGCUGAGUGCCACAAGGAUCUGUUGACCAGGCGCUUGGUGAGCUUGACGCUGGAAGGCAUGGUGGAUUCGAACGACGACCUGUACGACGUGGCCUACACCAACGAGCUGCAGCAGGCAAGGGCUUCUGUGGAGGGCUCCUCGGCGCCCAUCGUCGCCGCCGGCGGCAGCAACCCGGCUCCUGUGCCGAGCCCGGCUCCUGUGCCGAGCCCGGCUCCCGCGCCAAGCAACCCAGCUCCGGCGGCAGGCAAUCCCAGUAGUCGUGAGGAGCUGUUGCGAAGGCUUAUGGGCCAAGCUUAG